GAUCCAAACGAGGAGAAUAAAGAAUAUCUAUUUUAUUAGAUUCUUGUUUAUUAAGGAGAACCUUGGGAUAGCAAGUCAAAAUGCCGCACUCCAACUACGAAACUCCAGAAGUCAUCCUUCAAUACUUUGCACCGAACCAAGACGGCACUCCUCCAGAUGCCAACGAUCUUGAGAUCCAAUAUGGAACCAAGAACCUUCAUCUUGCCGCGGUCACUCUGAAUGACCUUCGCCCUGAUAAGGACAAGAUCACGCUGACUGAUCAUGGACUCCAACUCAUCAACCAUGACACUGCGAUGUCAUAUGAAGAUUUCAAUGACCCGGAGAAGAUCAAAAGUCAAUAUUAUCUUGAAGUUGCGGAAGCAAUCAAGAAGGCCACCGGUGCCCAAAAAGUAAUCUGCUUCAACCACAAUGUCCGCUCCGAAGCGGCACCAAGGCUUGACAUCUCCAAACACAAGGUAGACCACAUCGGUCCCAUGCGUCGCGUGCACGUCGAUGUUGCUCCCCGCGGCACCUACGAGGCUGUCGAAAAACGUGCCGGGGAGGCCUUGAUGUCCUCCAUCCGUGGACGCUGGAAGAUUAUCAAUUCUUGGAAACCCUUGAAGACGGUGCAGCGUGAUCCGCUUGCAAUCGCAACUGGACCCUCAUGCCCGGAUGAGGAUCUCGUAGAACUGACCCGUUAUCGUCCGGAUGGCUCCUUGAGUGAGUCAAGGUACUCCGUCCUCUAUGAUCAGAGACAUAAGUGGUAUUGGGUUCCGAUGCAGAAGCCCAACGAGAUGUUGCUUUUCAACCAGUAUAGUGAUGAUCCGAAUCGUACCCUCGCGGACCGCGUGGCUCACUGCGGCUUUACCUUACCUGGUGCGGAAGAUAAGGAGAUUCGGGAGAGCGUUGAGGUGCGCGCUUUGGUCAUCUACUGAUCUUGAGUGAAGGUCUACCUAGCGGAAACAGGGCAAGUAUUGCCAGAGAUUAUACUUAGGUAGCGGUUCGUAUUCAUCGCGUUAUAAUUAACGCGUUCAGGUUGAUUUUGACAGUUGUACAUUCGUUUGUAAAUCUGAUAAUUGAAUUGAUUCUUUCAUUUUCUAAGAUAUAUCUAUAUAUGUCGGGGACGUGCUUACAGUUCAGAUUAUUUGCUCUUGGAACUAACUACUCACUACUUUUGCUCCACGCAACGAGUAUAAUCAGAGGACUCAAUACAAUCCAAACCCCUGAAAUCAUGAUAAAUGUCCACCCCAUUCCGACAGCGUUGAUGAUAGGCAUAAUAACCAUUGCCCCCAAUGCACCUAACAUGCAACGUAUCAAGUUAUUCGCUGCGGUAGCGGUGGCCGGAGACUUGAGAUUCAAAUCAACAAUCAACACGUUCAUGCCGGAAUAAGCAGCUGUACCGAGCCAUCCAAAGAGAAACAGCAACACAAGAGGAACAGCAGGUGUAAGCACAAGAUACACGGACCAGCCGUAAGCAACCAUGGCCAGCAUGGCAAGCACGACAGCCGGUAUGACGAUCUGUAAGCGGGUCCGCUCGAUGUGGAAGCCGAGAGCGACACCUGUAUCAUGAUCGAAAUGCUCGCCGCGAGCAAGAGGCCGACCGAGAACUUUCUUGACCGCACGUCGAUAGUUCCAGUCGAGAAGGAAUCCGUUGGUGAAAGCUGCAAUCAUGCUACCAACGCCGAUGGGUAUGUAGGAAAGUCCGAUUUCGACCUCGUUGAAGUGGUAGGUACUAGAAAAGCACCAGGUGAGACUGGUCGUAACGGCGUAGUAUGUAGCAAAUGUGAAUCCAUUGAAAAGAAUGACGCAUCCAGUUGGGUAUGUGAAGAGUAGAGUUAGUGAUUUCCAUGGCUUUGGCUUACCACCCUUUUUACGGGCGGCUUCGAUAGCCUGUUGUGCCUCGAGAGUUUCAUCAAGGUCCUCAUUUUCUUUCUUCUUACAAAGAAAGGAACUCAGAGGCUUAUUCCAUACAGAAAGUGGUUCGAGAGAUCCAUUUCCGACAAUAUUUCGACAUGUUUCAGGUAAGAAGACAAUAAUAAAAAUGAGCAUGAUAAGUGCCAUUCCCGUCAAAACAACGAAGAUGAAUCGCCAUCCGUAGUACUGGCUAAUGAUACCUCCGAGUACUGGGCCCAAAGUAGGUCCAAUGAUUGGGCCAACAGAUGCCAGUCCUACAUAUCGGCCUCGCUCAGCGGACGUCACGACAUCCGCAGUUACACCAUAGGCGAGGUUUACUGUCGAGCUACUACCAGAACUUUGGAGGCAUCGAAGUAGGAGGAGUCCAAUAAACGUGGUUUGAAAUGUUAAUCCGACAUUGGCGGCAAUAUAUAUAAGGAAGCAAAUGAUGUAGACUGGGCGUCUUCCGAUUGUGUCUGAUAGAGAUCCG